AUGAAUAGAACUAGUAGGAGAGGAUCUAAGAGAAUUUUUUUAUAAAAUACAAAUAUUUGUGGCCUAAAUUUUUUUGGUAGGAAUUUAUUUAAAACAAAAUUUGAAGAAGUUUAAAUAUUUAAUUGCAAUUUUAACAAUGCAAGCUUAUAAUAAGUAGAAUGGACAAAAAUAACUUGGGAUAAUGUUGAAAUUUUUAAUUCUAAAAAUAGAGAAAUUAUAGAAGGAAUUAUAUUUUCACCAAAUAAUAAAACCCUUGUUUCUUGUAGAAAAAAUACUGUUUAUAUAUGGAAUUAAUAAACUAAAAAAAUAGAAAAGUAAUUAAAUGUUUAAAUGCUAGAAAAUUUUCUCCCCUAAUUUUAUUAAAAUUUUAUUAUUCUCUAAAAAUAUUAUUUCUAUUUAUCAAAAUGA